GUGGCCGCUCAAGAAACUGCACGGACAAAUGGAGAUGCGAGAACCAUCUCUGUACCCAUAGUGAACCAUAAUCGCACAUACACUAUCUUGAUGAAGAUCGGCACUCCCGCACAAGAGUUCAACGUCGCCUUUGACAUGGCGGCGUCCACGUGGGUACCUGCCAACACAUGCCCUGAGGGGACGACCUGCUUUGGGCGCAAGGCAUUCAAGUCCAACGAGUCAUCCACACACACGGUGAUCUCCCAUAAUGGCUUCAGUGAGUUCAGAAGUGGCAACGUCACAGGCGAUGAGAUCGACGACGUUCAAGAACUAGGUGGCGUGGAAAUUGGAAAAUUACGCUUUAUCAAUGCCUUGAGCGUUCACGGAGCUUACAACUACACCGAAGAGCCCUUCGACGGCGUGUUCGGAUUGCGACUAGGCACGCACUCGCCACUCACUCAUAUGGCACGCACACGAGUCAUAGCCAAGCCGUGGCUGGGAUUGUCCUUCAGCGCCGACAGCAACGUCUCGGGAGAGGCUCUGUUCGGUGGAGCCAACGAGCAGUACUACCAAGGUCAGCUGAGCUUCGUGGACGCUGAACUCAACACUUUCCAGUUCCGCAUCUCAAGGUGA